AUUACAAGUUCACUUUGGGAGGCAAUGCAUACAACACAACAGAGUUUGGAAGAGGUCAAGAUAGCCAAGUCACUUCCCUGGAUAUGUUUCUUGUCUGGUUUAAGCCAUGCAAUUGAUGUAAACACUAGACUAAAACAUGUUUGUGUCGACAGUGAAGAGGCUGAGGGUGUUGAAAAGUUCUGAUCUUCCUGCAUUUACACUAGUAAGCAAGACUAGUCACACUGCUUGAUUUGGCAAUGAAGAAAGAAGCAGUUUGGAGCAUUCUUCCAUUUUGAAACUGGAAGACUAAAGAAUGAGCAACGGAUUAAGACAGAUGGAUGAAGAAGACUUAGCUCUGCGCCUACUAGAAAUUAGAGGGACAAGCGUCAUGGGUGAGGUAGCUGAAAUGAUCUGCCAAAGUAGAUAAUAACCGACGAGAACUUGGGAAGGAGCAUGAUGCAUAUGUGACGGUAAUACCAAUACCUAACGAAUUUUAUACUCAUUUCAGGGGAAAUGGAACUUCAUUUCAUUUGCUAGUUGCUACCAUUUAUGUACAUAGCAAUGUAAAUUUCAUAAUUUUGUAUUAUCCCAUUGAAUUUAGAGUAGUUACGUUUAGGCUAGCAGUAUGAACCUUUGAUCAUAAAAUGUAUUACAGCAAAUAUUGUCUUAAUGUCUACUUGUAACUAGAGCUGUCAAAGAGGCCCUAUUAUAGGCCCUGGCCCUAGUCCAUGUGGGUUGGGGCCAAAAAAGCCCACAGGGCCAAAAAUGUCCCUUAUUAAAAGAGCCCCCAGGGCUAAAAAGCCCCAAAGCCCUGUGGGUCAGGGCCAGCCCAUGGACUUUCUGUUUUACAAAAAAAAUUAAAUAUCCAACAAUAAAUUGCAUUUUU